CCUUUACGCAUAUUGUCGGCGCUACGCACAUAGCAACCUUAGGGCCAAUGCCGCGCACCUGAAAAGCCUGUUUCGGUCAACUUUAUUGAGAAAGCCGCAGCAAAAUGGCGCAGCAGUUGCGUCGGCUAGUAGUGCCCACGGGGCUAUGGGUUAGCAGCGGCCUUGCAGUGGCGGCUUACGCAGCUCCAAGCGUGCUUGCGGAGAAAGAUGACAAACCUGCCAGUGCCCAAAACGACCGUCUUUUCGACCCCGAGGCGCUGGAGCGUGGUGCCAAGGCGCUUCGGGAGAUCAACAAGUCCCCAUAUGCGAAGCAGGCGCUGGAGCUCAGUCGGCAACAGGAGGUCACCAAGCAGGCUGAGGCGAAGGAAAGGGAGGCCGACUACCGCCGCCAAGCUGCGGCUAUAGAGCGGGAGCGGGAGGUGGUGCGGUUCCAAGAGGAGGCCAAGAUGGAGGAGCAGCGCGCACAGGUGGCUGCCCGCAUGAAGCAGUACGAGGACGAGCUAGCCCGCAAGCGCAUGAUGGCGGAGCACGAGCUGCAGCGCCAGCGGAAUGCGGAGCUAGCCAAGCUGCAGGAGGAGGCCUCUGCUCGCGCGGAGCAGGAGCGGUUGCGGGUGGAGCAGCAGAUCCAGGCGGAGAGGCGCGCAGCGGAGCAGUACGCGGCUGACCUCCAGAAGCAGAUCCAGCGCGAGCGGGCCCUCGCGGAGGCUGAGGGGCGCAUCAAGGAGGCGCGUGAGAACGAGGACGUGAACCGCCGCGCGGCGCUGCUCAAGUACCAGGAGGAGACGCGCAAGGCCAUUGAGAGCAUCAACGCCGUUAUGUCGCACCUGGGUCAGGCGGCUCUGGAGCUGGUGACCGACCGCACCAAGCUGCUGACGGCGGUGGGCGGCACCACGCUGCUGUUCCUGGGCAUCUACGCCACCCGGGAGACCACCCGCGUGGUGGGGCGCACGGUGGAGGCCUGGCUGGGCACCCCGCGGCUGAUCCGCGAGACCUCCCGCUUCAACGUGUGGAACCCCAAGUCCUGGUCGCUGGGCCCCACCCGCACCAAGGAGGAGGUCAAGAAGGACUUCUCCGAUAUCAUCCUGCACCAGGAGCUGCAUGACACCGUGCGGCAGGUGUCCGCUGCCGCCGCCAACACCAAGGCGCACGGCGCGCCCUUCCGCCACAUGCUCUUCUACGGACCCCCCGGAACAGGUAAGACCAUGGUUGCCAAGCGCAUGGCCCGCACCAGCGGCCUGGACUACGCCAUCAUGAGCGGCGGUGACGUGGCGCCGCUGGAGGGCAAGGCGGUGACGCAGCUGCACCAGACGUUCGACUGGGCGGAGAAGAGCAGGCGCGGUCUGCUGCUGUUCAUCGACGAGGCGGACGCCUUCCUGGGUCGCCGCUCCGACAACAUGAGCGAGGGGCUGCGCGGCUCGCUCAACGCGCUGCUCUUCCGCACGGGAGACCAGUCGCGCGACUUCAUGGUCGUGCUCGCAACCAACCGCCCAGGUGACCUGGACGAUGCCGUACUGGACCGCAUGGAUGAGGCCCUGGAGUUCGGUCUGCCCCAGGAGGCUGAGCGGCUGCGGCUGCUGGGGCUCUACCUGGACAAGUACAUUGCCAAGGCGGGCACUGCGGAGGGCGGCGCGGGGGCGGGCAAGUCGGGCGGACCGCUGUCCAAGCUGACGGCGCUGCUCAAGGGGCGCAAGGCCUCCGCCGACACCAUCACCAUCGACGAGGGCAUCAACGAGGCGCUGCUGGCGGAGGCCGCCAAGGCCACCGAGGGCUUCUCAGGUCGUGAGCUCGCCAAGUUCAUGGCUGCCGUACAGGCUGCCGUGUACGGCGCCUCCCAGGCCGUACUAACGCCCGCCAUCUGGCGCAACGUGCUGGAGCGCAAGCUGUACGAGCAUGCGGAGCGGCGGGCCUUCCGUCUGGGCCACCACGGAACGGGUGACUCUGCGGAGGUGCUGGCGAAGAAGUAAACGGGUGGUGGGGAAGGAGGAUGGGAGGAUGGAUGGGUGGGUCAGUGAUGGUGUCCGCACUGCUGCCCUGCAUGCGCCGCUAUGCUUGGGAUUUGCAUGAAGCCGAUUUGCGUUGCAUGGGGGUGAAUGCGUGCUUGGAGGGGGAUGAGGGGCGGGAAGGCGGGGGAGGCGACUGGUGUCGCAUGGUGAGCCCUGGGUGCGGUCAUACUUGGUCUUGCAUGUGUUUUAAGGGAAGCUGGGGUGGUUGGGGCGGAAGCCAUGUUCCACCUAGCAACAUGGUAGGACGCGAGGACUAUAGACCAACUUGACGACACGUUGUGCGGUGCGCUAGGCAGGGCGAUUUCGUUUCGGGCUUUAGAUUUUGUUUUGGGGCGUCGAAAGCUGCAUCCUCUUUCGCCGGCAGCGUGAGGCGUCUGUUGCCUGCCCUCACCCUCGCCAAGGCGGAAUUUAGGACAGGGUAAGGGAGCGUGUGUUCUGACUUGCUAACACCGUGAAAUAGGACGAAAACCGUAACUUGUGACCGAAACAAAAAAGCGGGACGAGCGCCGGACACUAGGCGACGGUGUGUGUUGACAUGGUAAUAUAUACCUGUGGAUUUCAGAGACGGGGCGGGUAUGCGGCGGGACACGGCAUACAAGGCUGCUGGCGUUAUAUAAAGUUUGUUUGCGAGCUGAAGUCAGCGUAAUAGAAGGGGAAGGGGCUGCCACCUCGAGGCACAGUGGGUUAGGAAUUGGGAGGUCAACCCGUUGUAACCCAAUCUAAAGAGAUAAGGAAUGAGAGG